CUGUUAUGUUUAUAAAACAGCUAUAGCUUAUCCACUCCAAGGCAUUAGCUGCAUCCCGAGCAGAUAUUUGAGUAUAUUGAAGAAAGGCGUCGAUGACGUUAUUACUCGACCAAUUUUGGAAAUUGGUCUUGAAAUGUUUCGAAUUGCAACAUUUACACCAUUGAAGAAUGUCCCUAAUAAUGUCGACGAGACCAUACCCGGCAGAAUGGAAGCCACC